AUGUUUUCGCAAACCCCAACCCACCAGAUCCACCAGAUCCACCAGGACGGAACCGUUGGAACCGCUGGAACCUGUGCCUUUUGGGAUUUGGAGACCAACAUGUGGUCCACCGAAGGUGUGACCACGUCCAUCAGCAAUGGAUUGGUCACCUGUGAGACACGGCACCUGUCACUUUUCGGCUUUGUGCUGCGCACCAUUGAGAACAUUUUCGCAUGCUCUGCAGCGGUUGUGAUCUUCUCUUUGGACGGCUUGAAAAAUCUCGUUAAAGGAGGCAUGUGGAUGUGGUCAAUCCCUGCUCUGGUGCAUUGGGCAGUGAUCUUGGUGGCUGGGAUAUUUCUCUUUGCAUCAUGGAGGUGUGAUAAGAAACAUGAACGGUAUUUGAAGGAGCUGAAGCAGGCCUCAGAGGCUCAUAGGUUCCAACAAAGGCUACGACUACAAAGACUACAAAGACGUAGCAGCAGCACCAUGCAAUUAGCAUCGUUGAAGCAGCUACUUCCUGAGGAGCUCAUAGCGUUGAGGUUGCCGAAAGUUUCGCGCUUUAGCAAGCACUUCUAUUCCAUGCUUGUUCGCCAAGAAACUGGCCAGACAUUGGCAGAUUUGGAAGGGCUCCACUCCUCUGUGGGACAGGUCGCAGCACAUGUGAAGGCAUACAAAUGCAUCAUCCGUUUUGGCAGUAGCAGUGCCUUUAUCAAGGCCAACACCCUCUACACGGCCAACAAUGCCUGGGUUCGAUGGUCGGAACCGUCACCUGUUAGCUCCUGUGUCUUCCGUUGCUUGUUGCAUUUUGCCUUGCUCUACAGCAAGUGGGCUGUUGCCGCGGUGUUCUUCAACUCCACUGCCAGGGCGGCAGAUGCAAACUGCCAAGCCUUCUUCCAGCUCUCGCCGGAGAUGAUCAUUCGAUCCGUCUUGGUAGCUUGGUCCGUGGCGGAUCGAGAGGCCGUGUCACGUGUGUUGUGGUGUUUGUCGGGCACCAGUCACAGAUUUGUAAAGCCCUUGGCUGCGUCACUGAGGUCUCAAUCAUCUCCACCUUUGUCGGCGUCGUGCCCCCGUGAACCGAAAUGUUUCACCAGAGUCGGAAACCUCAUUGCUUUCGCCUACGUCUGGUCUUAUGCCCUGACAUGUAUUGUGGUGGUGUCCAUCUUCCUCAGUUCAGUUCAUCCCGACGAUGCUUGGAAAUGGUUUGUCAGUGGUUUCGUGGGCUUUAUCUCGUCUUUGUUCCUCAUCCCAAUCGCCUUGAUGUCUCUGGGCUUGGCAUUGCUGAACUUCUACCAAGUGCAUCCAGAUGACUUGUGCAGUUGGCGCAAGGAAGGACGUGUCUUGAGGCUUCAGAUUUCCAUGCCUCCGGAGACUCGAUCGCUGCUGCAAAUCAAUGGGGCUGAAGAUCUUCUGGUGGUUUGUGAGGUCGAUGGCAUACCAGAAAAGACCGUGACUCAGUACAAGUAUUUUUUCUCGCAUCGACCCAACAAAGGAGACGAGCAAAAGCUGCAGAUCUCUUUUCGGGCGACUGGGGAUCCAUCUGCCGAAGACUCUGAGUUGGGAACCAUUUCUUUGGAGAAGUCAGAGAAGUGGAAAGGAUCUCGUCGAUUGCCUAUUCAGAGCAUUCCGAGCCUGGAUCGCUCGGAAGCCGCGGAGGCCUUUGUUGAUGUAGAGAUUCUGGAAAUUGCUUCCGAAGUCGAAGAGGUCGAAGAGGUCGAAGAGGUCGAGCAUGACGGGAUGGAGAAAAUUGUGGACAUGGUCAUGGUCAAUGAUGGUAGCAACUUGCCGCGUGAAAGCGAAGUCGUAGACAUGGAGGAUCAAGACAGUGAGAACAGUGAGGAGACCAUGAAAACGGAACAGGUUUGA